UUUUUAUUUUGCCGCCAACACCUAACGAGACCCAACGUUUAGGGGCGGAGCGUUUUCACCUGGAGCGCGCUUGCACCUCGACCUCAAUAAUGCGCAUUUUUCUGCGCUUCCAUAAUAAAUUGGAUUAAUCCCUUCUCGUGUUCCCCUUUGAUAUACGAAUCCAAUAUAUCCUUUUUCGUUUCAUUGCGCAACUGUUCUUCCUCCAUCUCGCUGUCAUCCAAAACCGCCAUCGAACAUGCCAAACUGCUUCCACACCUCGUUAUCCAUACAUGCAACCACACAAACCGGUUUUAGAUUUAGCUUCUUGUACUUUCCCCCAUCUUCGUUCUAUAAAGACAUCGUCCACCGUCACUUUGCCAUUUCUUUCCAUUUUCGUCGUCUAGAACUAUGACUGUAGACAACGCGGCGAUUGCCACCUGGACAAGUGUCCUGGUGAGCGUUGCGUGCAUCUCGUUUUGUGCAUUUUUUGCCGCUUCGGUGUGUGAGGAUAUCAAUCAAUUUUUGGAUGAUUCCUUGUUGAGCUUCAAAGAGGGACAGGGACGAACUGAUGAUGCUUGGAAUGAGGUGGUGUUCUUGAAUGACAAGAAAUUCAAGUCAGAGCUCCUCGUCAGCAACUCGGCCACCGUUCGUCAGAAGCGUUCCGAUCUUCCGGCUCAUUGUAACUGUCUUUCUCAAAACCAAUGUCCUCCUGGACCUCCUGGACCACCAGGCCCAGCAGGAAUGGACGGAAAGCCUGGAGAGCCUGGAGCCUCCGGGCCCCAUGGAAUGUCUGGAUCCGAGCUUACGAAGAUGAUGAGAAACGAUGAUACUUGCAUCAAAUGCCCAGCUGGACCACCCGGACCACGUGGAGCACCGGGAUCCGUUGGAGAACCAGGACCACAGGGUAGAGAUGGAAUGGGUGGUCGACCAGGCAACAUGGGACGUCCUGGACCACCUGGACCAGCGGGAGAUCCGGGACAAGCCGGAUCAAAGGGAGCACCAGGAACCCACGGAAGACAAGGAAUGCCAGGAGUACGGUAUCAGCUCGGAGAGCCCGGACCAGCCGGCUACCCAGGACCACGUGGAGCACCAGGACCAGUCGGACCACCGGGAGUCGCCGAAGAAGGACCUGAUGGCCUACCAGGACCAGCUGGACCACCAGGAAAGCCAGGAAUGCCUGGACCAAUGGGGACGCCAGGAGGUCCAGGAGAGCCGGGAAUUCCUGGAUCAGACGCCGCCUAUUGUCCAUGUCCAAAGAGAGAAGCACUUGUCGAAUCAUCCGUCAUCUCGCAAGAGGUGCCAGAAACCGGAUAUGGUGACGGAGGAGACAAGUCGAAGAGAGAAAAGGUUGUGGAGACGCAUCAAGAGGAACAAACAUACGAUAGCUUCAAAUUCGAACAAGUUUAAUUCGUGUUUAAAUCUGAAUAUUCCAAAUAAAUGUGUGUU